CAACGCCUUUACUCUCUUUGCCAUCUGCCGCCAUAGAAAUACACGCUGACAGUACUAGAAGAAAAAACCCCUCCUGCUCUGCCUUGUGCCUGGUUGCUGACCUUCCAUCCAUCCCCUCAAAACGUAAGGAAAGCCUAAACCUAACAGCAUCACAAACAGUAUCGAUGGCCGAUUUCUAUACUGUCUUCAUAGACACCACUCUCGACACUCACCUCGCCUUCAUUGUCUCCGCUUCCGACACUGUCUCCGACCUCAAGAAGAAAAUACUUCAUGAACACAAGCUCUGUUUUCCGACCAACGGGGACAUUAAAAUUCAUGCCUUGAAGGUAAAACGUCGAGGGGUCUUUUACCAUCUAUCUGAAUCCAUGUUUGUAAAGAGUGCCUUUGAUGGCACCGGUAAAAAUUGGUUUGUUAGUGUUGAUGCUUCUACUAUAGAGGAGAAUAUUGACAACCUAGCAGCUCAGGUUGGUACCACAAACAAUGGUUCAACUGACGAGGUUAACCUUCUCCCUAAUAGCCAUCCAAAAAGCUUGUCCAAUGUUGUUGAUUUAUCCCUGCAGCUAGAUGAGAGCAGUCGGCUUGCAAAACAGAAGGCUUCUGUUGCUGAACAGCUAGGUUUGGAUUUUGCUGGAAACGAAGAAUUAAAUAAUUCAAGCAUAGUUGCAUAUAAAGGUGAUUGUUACCGCAAGGUUAUGUCAUUGGCUGAUGACAAAAAUGGUUCAGAUCCUCCUAUAUUGGAGAAAUAUGAUGAACCUGGCAAGGAAAAGGAAGUACAAGCAACACCAACUGGAAGUGUGGGAGGGGGUUCUGGGGAUGGGAUUGGUGAUAUGCAAGGCAGUGCACCAUCAGAUGGAGCUCUCACAACAGGAUCUGGUGCGAAGAAAAAGAAUAAAAGGAAGAGGAAAAGUAAGGAUAUUACAGAUGACCUUGCUGGAAAAGAAAAGGAGGCUUCAGUAUGUCAGUCUGGUGAAAAUGAAUCACAACAAGAGAGUGCUGCGAAUAAAAGGCGUAAAAUUGAGGAGGAAAACAGGGGUGAUGGAUCUGUCAAGGAGAAUGAAAUUGUCCUUUCUGAUUCUAUUAAAGAGAUAUCCAAGCACCCUACAAUCUCCCAGCACCAUUUAGUAAACAAUCAGAAAAAUGCACACGCUGCUUUACACUGUUUAUCUUCUGAAACUUUGGAUGAUCUCAGUUUGCCAGCAGCCUCUCAAGGCAGUGGGAAGGGGAAAAAGAAAAAGAAAUCUGUAAAUCCUGCUAAUCUAGAAACUGCUGUUGUUCCUUCAUCCACCGAUGGAGAGACCAUGGAAGUUAACCCCAAGGAUUUUUGCAAAGAGCCCGAUACAGUACCUGUUCCUGUCCAGGGAGUAACAAUUUCUGAGUCUUGCGCUGUCUCUGUGAAGGAAAAACACACAGAUCCUGUCCAAGAAGAUGGGAGACCCUCUUCACAAGGGGUUGAUAUGAGUGACACAGAGACUACCAAUGCAAAAAGUAUACAGGAUGCCCCUGAACUAGCUGCUGCAUCCACUGCCAAAAAAAGAAGUCCAAAGAAUACCAUCCUUGACGAUAGUCAGAAACCUGCAACUGAUCAGGUUGGUGGUCUUGAAGAGGAAAGAGAGGCAUUGCACCCCGGAUCUAUGCUACAUGAGAAGUGCAAACCAUCUGACAUGAGAUCUAAAGAAGCAGCUAAUACUUCUGAAUUGGUUGAAGCUGGUGAAACUGUAUAUCCUGGGACACAUUCAAAGAAGAGAAAGAAAUCUAAGAGGACAAGGGCUUUGUUGAGCACAACACUAACACUAGGUACCGAAAAUGUUAAAAGCUCCACAACUGCUGACGCUGCUUCAAUUGAGCCUCAUAAAGACGUGAAUGGUGAUGAUUCCAAUUAUAAAGGUAAUCAAGAGGAUAGCAAUUUGGCAGAAAAGGAAAUGGAAGAAGUAUCAGAAAUGGAUAAAGAUGUGGCUGUCACUUAUCAAUUGGCUGAGGCUAGUGAAGCUGUGAAUCCUGGGACACCAUCAAAGAAAAAAAAGAGGUCUAAAAGAACGAGGGAUUUGUUAAGCAGAAUACCAGGAUCAGGUACAGAAAAUGCAAAUAGCUCUGCAGCUCCUGCCACUAGUUCAAACGACCACCAUAAAGCUGCAAGUGGAGAUGAUUCCAAAGAUAAAGUUAAUCAAGAGGAAAGCAAUUUGCAUGCAAAGGAAGGGAAAGAAGUAGUGGAAAUGGAUAAAGUUGUUGUCGCUUCUGAAUUGGUUGAGGCUAGUGAAACUGUGAAUCCCGGGACACCAUCAAAGAAAAGAAAGAAGUCCAAAAGGACAACAGAUUUGUUAAUCAGAACACCAGCAUCAGGUACAGAACAUGUUAAUAUCUCUGCAGCUGCUGACGCUGCUUCAACUGAGCCUCAUGAAGCUGUGAAUGGGAAUGAUUCCAAUGAUAAAGUUAAUCAGGAGGAAAUCAAUCUGCUGGCAAAGGAAGAGAAAGAGGUAUCGGAAGUGGAUAAAGAAGUACUGGUCACUUCUGAAUUAGUUGAGGCUAGCGAAGCUGUGAAUUGUGGGACACCAUCAAAGAAAAGAAAGAAGUCCAAACGGACAACAGAUUUAUUAAUCAGAACACCAGAAUCAGGUACAGAACAUGUUAAUAUCUCUGCAGCUGCUGGCGCUGCUUCAACUGAGCCUCAUGAAGCUGUGAAUGGGAAUGAUUCCAAUGAUAAAGUUAAUCAGGAGGAAAUCAAUCUGCUGGCAAAGGAAGAGAAAGAGGUAUCGGAAGUGGAUAAAGAAGUACUGGUCACUUCUGAAUUAGUUGAGGCUAGCGAAGCUGUGAAUUGUGGGACACCAUCAAAGAAAAGAAAGAAGUCCAAACGGACAAGGGAUUUAUUAAACGGAACACCAACAUCAGGUACAGAACCUAAUAGUUCUGUGGCUGACACUUCUCCUACUGAGCCUCAUAAUUCAGUGAAUGGGGAUGAUUCCAAUGAUAAUGGAAAUAAAGAGGAAAACAGUAUGGCUGCAAAGAAAAGGAAAGUGGUGUUAGAAAUGGAUGUAGCAAGUACUUUUCGUCUAGCUACGGAUACAGAAAUUGAUGAUGUGAUUGAGAAUGUAGUCAAAUCUGCUGUCAAUGGUUGUCCAUCUAAAAUUGAUCAUUCUGACAAAGCUGGUCAUGGUAUGGAAGUUUCCUGUGGAAGCGAUCAGAUCAACUUCAACGAGUACUUUGUGCCUAACCAAGACCAUAGCAAAACUGCUGAUUCUGGUGAGGUGCUUGUUGACAAAGCAACAAAAGCAAAACAAGUUGGUGGUAUGAAUUCUAACAAGAAGAAAAAGAAGCUAGAUGCACUUUCUCGUGUUCCAUCAUUUGAUUUACAUGGUUCAUCAAGGUUAAAUGUGAAUGAUGGAAUUGGAGAAAAGCCUCCAGCUGGCGGGGUUAAAGUUUCACCAUCUAGCAAGUCUGAUAAGAUCAGUUCCACUCCUGCAGAAGCUAGAAAAUCUGGUGCUUUGGGGCUCGUUGUCACCAAUACGUUUGCAAAGAACAACAAAGAACCCUCUGCUGUAUCAUAUUCUAGCUUGGAAAGUUCUAGAAAAACAAGGGCUAGAGGGCAUGGCUCAGAUAAACAACACAAUCAAACGAAUGGUAGAGAAGUUUCCCCUGCUAAUGUUGAGGGUGUUGUAAAUAGUUCACAACGUAAAAAGAGCUUGAUAGGAAAAUCGGGCACAAUAUUCCAGGAUGAUAAUUAUGAGCAUUCUGCAGAGGAGAGCACUGAUAGUUCAGAUUCCAGCACUAGAACUCCAGAUAAUUCAUUGUCUUCUGACUACUCAGACGGAGAAAGCAAUUCAGAUUUUAACUCAUCUCAAAAUGGAUAUUAUUGCUUGAAAAGCAAGGAAGGUGUUAGAAAGAACAUCAAAAAACCACUUUCAGGCCUGACCUUGGAGAAAAUCCUUAGAAGUUCAAGCAGAUAUAAAAAGGCCAAGCUAACAGCUUCCCAGUCGCAGCUCGAGGACACUGAAAAUGAGGCUGUUGAUUUUGUUCCAGACAGCCUAGCAAACCCUUGAUCACCCUAUUGUCUUCUUUUGUCUGUAUUCCUACUGGGAUUUUUGUUGUUUUCUAUGACUUGGCCUGCGGGAACCUCAAUUUUGUUCUGAAUUUUUUCUCGUUCUCCUUUCGUUUUUGGUAAAAAAGCAAGGCAUUGGGCCAUGUAAUCUGUCUGGUCUUGUUUUCUCUCCCUUAUGGCUGUGGAAGGACAUCGAAAGAAAAAAUUGAGGUCUUGAUGCUUUUUUUCAUUGAAAUCGGGGAUUCCAACCUUGUCCUUCACGCUCAUUGACUCGAAUGGUUUCAACUUAAGAUUCGAAGAUUGAUAGUCUGUUGGUUU